UGCACCGGGGUGUGGCCUGUGCACGCGCAUCCACACGGUCACGCGCCAAGAGUUUUAUCGGAGUGGGAUUCCGCCUCUUCUCUUCCUUUCCUCUCUUCUCCAGCGGGCGGUUGUAUUUCUCCGCUCCAUCUGACGGCUGUUACUCAGCGAUCUUCUUCUUCUUCUUCUUCCGCAGAAUAAGUACCCAGGACCGACAACAUGGCCACCAGAGGAACCGUUAAACCAAGCCAGAACUUCAACGCCAGUCAAGAUGCGGAGGCCCUGGAAAAGGCCAUGAAAGGGCUGGGGACCGACGAGGCCGCCAUCCUGCAGUUGGUGGUGGCUCGCAGCAACGCCCAGAGGCAGCAGAUCAAGGUCGCCUACAAGACUCUGUUUGGAAAGGAUCUGGUAGAUACCCUGAAGGGGGAGCUGGGCGGUAAAUUCGAGACCCUGAUCGUGGGGCUGAUGACCGCGCCCCUCGCUUACGACGUGUCGGCGCUCCGCCACGCCAUCAAGGGAGCAGGAACCGACGAGAAGGUCCUCGUGGAGAUCCUGGCCUCCAGGACACCUCAGCAGGUGAAGGAGAUCGUUGCUGCUUAUAGAAAAGAGUAUGAUGUCGACCUGGAGGAAGAUAUAUCUGGUGACACUUCGGGUCACUUCAAGAGACUCCUGGUUAUUCUGCUGCAGGGGAACAGGCAGAGUGGCGUCCAGGCGGCAAACGUCGAGACCGACGCUCAGGUCCUCUUCAAGGCCGGAGAGCAGAAGUUCGGCACUGACGAGCAAACGUUUGUCACCAUCCUGGGAAACCGGAGUGCGGAGCAUCUCAGGAAAGUGUUUGAUGCCUACAUGAAGUUGGCCGGAUUCGAGAUGGAGGAGAGCAUCAAGAGGGAGACAUCCGGAGGCCUGAGGGACCUGCUUCUGGCUGUCGUGAAGUGUGCCAGGAGCGUUCCAGCCUAUUUUGCUGAGACUCUGUACCGUGCAAUGAAGGGGGCAGGAUCCGAUGAUAACACCCUGAUCAGAGUGAUGGUGACUCGCAGUGAGGUGGACCUGUUGGACAUCAGAACCGAGUUCAGGAAAUUGUUUGCCUGCUCCCUGUUUUCCAUGAUCAAGGGAGACACCGGCGGCGACUACCGAAAGGCCCUGCUUUUGCUCUGCGGUGGCGAUGAUGCGUAACCCGGGCAACAAGCAAUAAAACAGACAGCACACCUGAGGUGCCUCGUGUCCGAGUCGGCCUUUUUCUGUUUUUGGCCGUCGGCUCAACGAAACCAGAAGCUAACACACAAUGUCCAAAACAAUAAAAGGUUCUUGUACGUGGGAGACGGCCCUUCAGGCCUUUUUUGAAGUAUGACUCCUAAUAAUCUCUUUCAAUGGUAGCUAACGCUUAAUACAGCUUAAUACAGACUAAUAUCUUCAACAUAAAAAUAUAUAUAUCUUUAAUUUGUAAUACGAAGGAUUGUUUUGUUAGCUCUUUGUAUGUUAAAUGAAUGCAUGAAUAAAUAUUUUAACGGAUGAA